CGGAAGUAUGAUUAUUGAACAGAGGUGCUGAUCAUACGUGAUCAUGAGAAUCUCUUCCUUCCAGCGACGGUGAACGCGAGUCUCCGCAAGUCUUUGUAUUCUCGCCAAUAUAUAUUUUCGAAUGUAUUUCCGUUUUGUUAAUCAACGCGGAACUGCCCGGUGGUUGUGUAAAUUAUAUGAUUCACGUGAAUCGUUGUUGGUUGCAAGUGAAAGAAAGUGAAGAGUGAAAAGGCUUCAGUCGAAUUGAGUGCGUCGCAAAAUUUCAUUUGCAAAUGUUGAAUAUUUGAAACGUUUUCUUGUAGAGAAAAUAUAAUAAACGUUAAUUGUGUCUUGUGUGUAUUGACAAUUUAACAUGAGACAUAUUGAUUCUAACAACCUUGCAUCGAUAUUAAAGCCGCGUCAAUUGCGAUUAUCAUUCGUCUAAGGAGGACACUGCAUCGAUAUUUAAUCACUAAUUGAUUGAAAGUUCACUGUGUGUUCGAUAUAAAUGAUCUAGUGAUUGUUGUUAGUGAAAUCGAGUUUGAAAUCGGAACCUCAAUAUGAUUUGAUCAUAUAUGCAACAUGCAGUACAUCGAUGUUUUAAAGAGGAACAAAAGUGCAUCAAUCGAUAGCAAUAAAAUAUCGAUGAAAAACAUUCAUUAUGAAUGAAUGAUAAAUACGGAUAAUUAUUAAAACCUAAGUGCCUUUAAUCUCUAGUGAGAUUUCUCUCGCUUUUUAAUAAUGUUAUUAUUGUAUAUAUAAAAGACGUAACGUUAAAUGUGUGUAUUGUUGGAGAAUCUCAUCUUAAUGACAAGCAUCAUACUAUUUUCAUCGGAAGUCACAGCUUAAUAUUUGUUUUCGAGGAGUCGACGACCGUCGUUGAGAAGAAUAGACGGUGACCUCAUGCUUUACUUAAGUCAUGGCGACCGGCAGCGAGACAAUUAGAUCUCGGUUGGAGUCAUUAACUUCAUAGAUUGGAGCAAAAAUUGCAUUUCGAUGAUAGUUUACACGUUUUAAGAGAGUGAUCCUAUAAGCCGGAAGUAAACGAAUUGUGUCAUUAAAAAGCAUUCGCUGAAACAAACAUAAUGGCGACCAUGGGGGUAACAGUGUUCUGCAAUAGAGUACAAAUAAACGGCAACGAUCAGGAGCAAUUGAUGUUGCUGCGCACGCUGCAAGAUAACGAGAACAAUAUUAUCGGUAAUCAAUCGACGCUGAUAGUCCCGAAAAACAACAGCGGCGGUAACGCAGCGAGUUCCGCGACCGUGUUACCCCCCUACGAUCCUUCCAGAUUGAAGAAGCACGGCAAGAACGGCCAACCGCCGCCUGUUGCCGUUGCUCGAAGAAAUGCCAGGGAGAGGAAUCGCGUGAAGCAAGUAAACAAUGGAUUUGCCACGUUGAGACAACACAUUCCGAGCCACAUUGCCGCGGGUUACGGAGACAGGGGUAAGAAGUUAUCCAAAGUGGAGACUCUCAGGAUGGCCGUCGAAUACAUCAGAGGCCUUCAGAGGCUCCUGGCUGAGGCUGACGGUGUCGAAUACGAUCCCAAGAUCUCUACCGGUGCACAGUGUGCACCUUCUCCAACUAGUAGCGUUAUCUCUUCGAGUCAUAACGGCUCCGGCGAGAGACUCACUCUCGAGGACGACAUGUUAGCCGCGGAAGAUGACGAAACUGAACAACUGGACGAAGAAGAGGACGGAAGUAAUGUCAAAUCGAAAAUUACGUUGUCCAGAUUAUCCCCUAAUCGACAUGCCAUUUCAUCCCCACGUGACUAUUACGCAUCUUCGAUAGGCGAUGAGGAAAAUUUGGAGCCACGAACCGUAACCGGUGGACAGAAUUUCUCCAGGCUGUCACCAAAUUCUGUGGCCUCGCCUCCGUCGGAGUAUUACGCACAGAACGAAGAGAAUCUCGAGCCACAAAUUCUUUCACCGUACAGCGGCGCCGGGGACAGCGAGGAGGGUGCGACGACUGUAUACGCGACCAGUCCGGAGACCUUCGCCGGGGCUCUUUACUACAAGCAAGAGAUCACCGAGACGGGGGAAUUCAUGGACGUCGUCAGCUGGUGGGAACAGGAACAGGGUAGACUCGUUCAUCAACAGCACACGCAACGGCUGACGCACGUGUAACCAUAGUUACAGAUUUCGAUUAGGAAAGGUCAAUACUUGCAACAAUUUGAGGUCCAUUAUUAUAAUAUACCUCGCUAAAAUUUCGCAUGAUCUCAAAACUGGGCGAAGAUCCAUUCUCGAAAAUAUACGACGUCCAAACGCAAGCGCGUGAUUUUGAUUGUGAUCAAUAGCAAAAGUCGGAAAAUUGUACUUACCGUUAUAAGUAUUCAACUACCACAAACUUAUUCAUCAUCCUGUC